AUGGCGCUGAAUGCUCCGUCGCUGGUGCUUGCCCUGGGCAUUGCAUAUGUCGCAGCCACACUACUCCGAAAUCAAUUGAACAAGGCACGUCAGCCACUGCCGCCCGGUCCUAAAGGCCUGCCUCUGGUCGGGAACUUGAACGACUUGCCCAAGCCCGGUGCGUUCGAAGCGCAACACUGGCUGGAACAUAAAAAGCUAUACGGUCCGAUAAGCUCUGUAACUGUCUUUGGCCAGUCAAUCAUCAUCAUCAAUGAUGCGCAAAUUGCAUUUGAGCUGUUUGAGGCAAGAUCCUCGAAGUAUUCAUCGCGGCCUAAACAGCUCUUUGCAAGUGAACUGGUAGGAUGGGAGAACACGAUCGGGAUGUCCCCGUAUAACAAAAGAUUUCGGGCUAUGCGCAAGAACCUAGCGCGUGUUAUCGGUUCCAAUUCGGCUGUGGCACAAUUUGGUGACUUGCAAGCAGCCGAAGCUGGUCACUUUCUCCUUCACGUCCUAAGAAGCCCAGAAAACCUUUUGGACCAUAUCAGAAAGGCGGUUGGUACAGUUGUCCUGAAGAUCGCCUACGGCUAUACGGCGGAGCCGCAUCGAGACGAUGUCCUGAUUACUAUGGUUGGCGAUGCCAUGGACAAGUUUGCACGUGCUGCAGUGCCAGGCGCUUUCAUCGUGGAUCUGCUCCCGUUCUUGAAUGGGCUCCCGGACUGGAUGCCUGGCACGUCCUGGAAGAAGACUGCUCGCCAAUGGGCCUCUGAGCUUAUGCGCGUGACAGACGUGCCUUAUACAUUCGUCAAGCACCAGAUGGCACAAGGUACCUAUCAAGCAUCUUUCCUGUCUCGCCUCAUUGAAGCGGGUGAGGACACAGACCCCGAGGUCAAUGACAUCAAUAAGUGGUCGGCUAUGUCUCUAUACUCCGCAGGGGCAGAUACGACGGUCUCAGCUAUUGCGACCUUUUAUUUGGCGAUGACGAUAUAUCCCGAGGUGCAGAGACGGGCCCAAGAUGAGAUCGAUCGCGUCGUAGGAAACGCCAGGCUACCUACGUUAGCGGACCGCAAUGAGCUCCCUUACAUUAAUGCUAUCGUCAAAGAGACGCUUCGUUGGCACCCAGUGGCCCCAAUGGGUCUCCCACAUCAGAGCACGGAAGACGAUAUAUGCGAAGGAUACUUCAUUCCGAAAGGCUCUAUGGUCUUUGCGAAUGUUUGGCACUUUACGCACGAUCCCGACCGUCACCCCAAUCCCGAGGCCUUCAAGCCUGAACGAUUCUUGGCUACAGACGGCCACACACCGGAGCCCGAUCCGCAUAAAUUCGUCUUUGGCUUUGGGCGGCGCGUAUGUCCGGGGAGCUACCUCGCCGACACAACUUUAUUCCUCACGAUCGCGCAAUCUCUAGCGGUCUUUAACAUGAGCAGACCAGAAAAUGGGGAGGACGGGCAAUGCAAGCCGGAGUUCCUUGCUGGCGUCGUGAGCCACCCCUCGCCUUUCAGGAACGCGAUCAAGCCAAGAUCACCUCAGCAUGAGAAGCUCAUCAAGUCACUCGAGGACAUUUAUCCCUGGCAGCAGAGCGAUGGGGAAGUUUUGGGGAAUAUGUCUCGGUGA